AAUGACGUUGUGCAGGCGGAAGUGAAGAUCCGUUGCUAUGGGCCGCUGCUGCUGUUGUGAUGCUCAUCUUCUGAACAGAAGCUGAUUCAGCAUGAACUGAUCGCUGCGCGGAUUGACAGCUGUGAUUUGAUGGACCUGCUGCUCCUGUUUCAUGAAUGUUGUCGUGGUUCAGCGUCUCUGAGACGGAAGUGUGUGUGUUUCUCUGGAGUGUGUGUGUGUGUGUGUGUGUGAUGGCUGGGAAGGUGAAGUGGGUGACGGACAUCGAGAAAUCGGUGCUGAUCAAUAACUUUGAGAAGAGAGGAUGGAUCCAGGUGACGGACAGCGACGACUGGAACUUCUACUGGAUGAGCAUCCAGACCAUCCGCAGUGUGUUCAGCGUGGACACCGGCUACCGGCUGACUGAUGACCAGAUGGUCAACCACUUCCCCAACCACUACGAGCUGACCAGGAAGGACCUGAUGAUCAAGAACAUCAAGCGCUACCGCAAAGACCUGGAGAAGGAGGCCAGUCCCUUAGCCGAGAAGGAUGAGAGCGGGAAAUACCUCUACCUGGAUUUCGUGCCGGUGACGUUCAUGCUGCCGGCCGACUACAACCUGUUCGUGGAGGAGUUCAGGAAGAGCCCGUCCAGCACGUGGAUCAUGAAGCCGUGCGGGAAGGCGCAGGGAAAAGGCAUCUUCCUCAUCAACAAGCUCUCUCAGAUCAAGAAGUGGUCCCGCGACAGCCGCACGUCCACGUUCGUGGCAGCGAACAGCGGGAAGGAGGCGUACGUCAUCUCUCUGUACAUCGACAACCCUCUGCUGAUCGGCGGGAAGAAGUUCGACCUGCGUCUGUAUGUGCUGGUGACCAGCUACAGGCCGCUCAAGUGCUACAUGUACAAACUGGGCUUCUGCCGCUUCUGCACGGUCAAAUACACGCCCAGCACCAGUGAGCUGGACAACAUGUUCGUGCACCUCACCAACGUGGCCAUCCAGAAACACGGCGACGACUACAAUCACGUUCACGGCGGGAAGUGGACGGUCAGUAACCUGCGGCUCUAUCUGGAGAGCACUCGAGGACGGGACGUCACCAACCACCUGUUUGACCAGAUCCACUGGAUCAUCGUGCAGUCGCUCAAAGCCGUGGCUGUAAGUCCAGAUCAUGAGGGAGCGACUGUCACACAUCUGGAUUGUUCUGAUGUUGAGCUGAAGGUCAUAAUCAUAAUAAUGUGUUCCUCUUCCCGUCUGCAGCCCGUCAUGAACAACGACAAGCACUGCUUCGAGUGUUACGGCUAUGACAUCAUCAUCGACGACAGGCUCAAGCCGUGGCUGAUCGAGGUGAACGCGUCUCCGUCGCUCACCUCCAGCACGGCCAACGACCGCAUCCUGAAGUACAACCUGAUCAACGACACGCUGAACAUCGUCACGCCCAACGGAGAGAUCCCCGACUGCCGCUGGAACCGCAGCCUGCCCAAAGAGGCUCUGGGACACUAUCAAGUGCUAUACGACGAGGAGCAGGCUCUGAGCGAGAGCGCCGACCUCAGGAGCCGCUCGGGGCAGUCGCUGGGGUCAAAGGGCAGCAGGUCCAGCAGCGUGCGCCCACCGUUCCCCGCCACCUGGAAGUGACGCUGUCCGCAUGAGGCCUUCACUGGAGCUGUGCUCUGAAAGAAAUUAAUGCUUUUAUUUAUUUAUUUAUCAUUAUUUAAUUAAAGUGACAGUGUUCGUCAAAAACUCCUGAAAAAUAAAAAGUAUCACAUAUUCCACAAAUAUCUAAAGCAGCACAACUGUUGUCAUCGUUGAUAAUAAUCAUAAAUGUUUCAUGAGCAUCAAAUCAUCAUAUCAGAAUGAUUUCUGAAGGAUCAUGUGACACUGAAGACUGGAGUAAUGAUGCUGAAAAUGAUCACCGGAAUAAACUACACUUUACUAUAUGUUAAUAUAGAAAACAGUUCAAUGUGAAUAUAUAUUAAAUAUAGUGUAUAAUAUAUAUGUAGUGUAUAUAUAUCACAAUUUUACUGUAUUUAUAAUCAAAUAAAUGCAGCCUUGGUGAGCAAGA